CAGCAGCAGCAUCCCCGCGGCGAGGCCACUGCGAGCCGCCCCGGGCCGCAGCCUCCUCCUCGGGAGGGAGGCCGGGCGAGCCGCGCGCGCACUUUGCGGCGGACUUUUGCGAGUGUUUGUGGAUAUUUCCAUGCCAAGCCGGCAAGAUGAUGUCCAUGAACAGCAAGCAGCCUCACUUUGCCAUGCAUCCCACCCUCCCUGAGCACAAGUACCCGUCGCUGCACUCCAGCUCCGAGGCCAUCCGGCGGGCCUGCCUGCCCACUCCGCCGCUGCAGAGCAACCUCUUCGCCAGCCUGGACGAGACGCUGCUGGCGCGGGCCGAGGCGCUGGCGGCCGUGGACAUCGCGGUGUCCCAGGGCAAGAGCCACCCUUUCAAGCCGGACGCCACGUACCACACGAUGAAUAGCGUGCCCUGCACGUCCACGUCCACCGUGCCCCUGGCGCACCACCACCACCACCACCACCACCACCAGGCGCUCGAGCCCGGCGAUCUGCUGGACCACAUCUCGUCGCCGUCGCUCGCGCUCAUGGCCGGUGCGGGGGGCGCGGGCGCGGCGGGCGGCGGCGGCGGCGCCCACGACGGCCCCGGGGGCGGCGGCGGCCCGGGGGGCGGCGGCGGCCCGGGCGGCGGCGGCCCCGGGGGCGGCGGCGGGGGCGGCGGCCCGGGCGGCGGCGGCGGCCCGGGCGGCGGGCUGCUGGGCGGCUCGGCGCACCCGCACCCGCACAUGCACGGCCUGGGCCACCUGUCGCACCCGGCGGCCGCGGCCGCCAUGAACAUGCCGUCCGGGCUGCCGCACCCCGGGCUGGUGGCCGCGGCCGCGCACCACGGCGCGGCGGCGGCGGCGGCGGCGGCGGCGGCCGGGCAGGUGGCAGCCGCGUCGGCGGCGGCGGCGGUGGUGGGCGCGGCGGGCCUGGCGUCCAUCUGCGACUCGGACACGGACCCGCGCGAGCUCGAGGCGUUCGCCGAGCGCUUCAAGCAGCGGCGCAUCAAGCUGGGUGUGACGCAGGCCGACGUGGGCUCGGCGCUGGCCAACCUCAAGAUCCCGGGCGUGGGCUCGCUCAGCCAGAGCACCAUCUGCAGGUUCGAGUCGCUCACGCUCUCGCACAACAACAUGAUCGCGCUCAAGCCCAUCCUGCAGGCGUGGCUGGAGGAGGCCGAGGGCGCGCAGCGUGAGAAAAUGAACAAGCCCGAGCUCUUCAACGGCGGCGAGAAGAAGCGCAAGCGGACUUCCAUCGCCGCGCCGGAGAAGCGCUCCCUCGAGGCCUACUUUGCCGUACAGCCCCGGCCCUCGUCGGAGAAGAUCGCCGCCAUCGCCGAGAAACUGGACCUCAAAAAGAACGUGGUGCGGGUGUGGUUUUGCAACCAGAGACAGAAGCAGAAGCGGAUGAAAUUCUCCGCCACUUACUGAGGAGGGUGUGAGGUGCCGGGUGGGGCAGACCGGGGAGCUGAGGGGUGCAUUUCUUCUCUGGCCUACUCCCCCUCAUUUAGAGUGUCCGUUAUCUUGCCUGCAUUUGGGGAGUCCCCUUCCUCCCCGUCUCCUCAGCCCCACUCUGCACCCUGCCCCAACCAUCCCCAGCCUAGAGGACAGGGAUGUUGGAUGUGGAGAAAAGAUGGGGUGGCAGGAGAGAUUUGGGGGGCAUUGGGGUGAGCAGGGCAUGGGGAGGGGAAGAAAAGCAAAGAGUAG